GGGAAAAAACGUCAUGCUAAGGAAGCGCUCUCUUUUCUGAAGCCGUGUAGUUCGGGGCCCCCCAUUUAUAUUUGGCUGCAGAUAACCCGGACUAAAACCAAAGUGUGCGUUCGCGUUGCGUGUUCCAUGCAGCGCAGAUAAGCGGCACCUGUGACAGCCUGCGGUCCGACAAUGGGAGCAAACAACAGUACCCGCCGAGUGUCAUUUGAGUCAGACGAGAACGACAAUAUAACAGUGGUGAAGGGCAUACGGCUUUCUGAAAAUGUGAUCAAGCGUAUGAAAGAAGCGGCCGCUCCCACGUCGGCAACUUCAAAGGCGCCGGUCCUCACUCCUCCUCCUCCUCCUCCUCUGCUGCCACCCGUUCCUCCUCUCGUUGACCUCGCCACCUCCUUGCCUCCUCUCCCUCCUGUCGUAGAACCUGUAGCACCUCCAGCACCACCUCCUAAACCUCCCGCAGAACAGGUAGCAGAAAACACCAAAGUUGACUUGGUUCUUCCUCACCCUUCUCCCUCCGUUUCUGUCGCCGCUUCUGCUUUUGAGCCCGUAACAACCCUUCCUGCCUCCCCUCCUCCUGCUCUCACUGAACAGCUCACUCCCGUUUCCCGCCAUGCUUCAGGUGUGGUGGAAGCUCUAGCUCCUCUCGAACCUUCCCCCUCUGUAACUGAAGCAUCUCCUUCCUUCACUCCACCCAUCGCUGCUUCUACUUCAGUAAUCGCACCCAUUGCCGCUCCGCAUGCCAUUGAGCCUCUUGCUUCACCCCGUAUCCCUAAAUCGGAUUCGGAACCGCUUUCCUCCCCUCCCGUUUUCAAGCCUAUCACCAUCCUGCCAUCAUCCAUGCUUCCCACAGGAGGCUCUAUGCCUCAGCAGGCCGCUGAGCCUUCAGCUACAUCUCCCUUGCCUGAGUUUACUGCUGCUUGUGAACCAGUUGCACCUCCUCCCCAGCCCACCGCAGAAUCAUUAUCACCCGCUCCAGUCCCCGAGCCGUCGGCAGUGUCUCAGUCGAGUCCGGUUUCACCACCUGCUGCGCCACCAGCAGUGAAUGAAGAGGCCCUGAGGAAGAAGAUCACCGAUGAGCUGAACAAAGACUUGGAUCAAAAGAGGGCCAAAGCAGAGCAAGAGAUGCACGCAUGGUAUGAUGCUGAGAAGGCCCGGGCUUCAGCGCAAGCUCAGACUGAGGCUCAGUCCAAAAUCCAGGAAGAAAUUUCCAGGAUCCUGUCUGUGGAGCGAGCGCUAACCCAAGACAGCCUCCAGCAAGCUAUCAUUAGGGAGAGGAUCAGCGGUGAAGAUGAGAAGCAUCGUGCUCAGCUACUGGAACUUGAGCAGAAGGCCAAGCAGCUGGAGGCCAAGGAAGCAGACCUGAAGAAGCUGGAUGCUUUUUACCGGGAGCAGGUGGCCCGGCUGGAAGAACGAAGUGCACAGUUCUACAAGGUCACCACAGAGAACUAUCACAAAGCUGCAGACAACGUAAAUGCCAAAUUCAAGAGGUAUGAGGUGCAUCCAGUGUGUGGAGACCUUCAGGGCCAGAUCCUGGGCUGCUACAAAGACAACGCUGGAAAGACCUUGAACUGCUCCAACAUAGCAGCGCUUUACCUGCAGUGUGUAAACAAUGCCAAACAGAAUGACAAGCCUGUGCGUUCGCCUUCAUGGAACGGUAACAUAACAAGUUGAGGACUGGGGGAUAAGGAUAAAGGAGGAGCGAUUCUGAGUGUAUUGGGGGAUUAUAGAUUGAUGGACUGACAAGCUAAACUAGAACGGGGGAAGGAGAGGAAUGAGUCAGCACCAAGACACGCACCUGCAGAACCCCACGGAGCUCCGAACCAGACUAGAGUCACUGAACACAACACUCUGGGAGAGGGAGAUAUAGACACUUCUUCCUUAGCUUCCCUUCCUCUCUUACCCUUUGUCAAUCUCUCUGGUGACUGCGGCGGAGAGACAGCGAUGCUGUGUGAUGUUUCGCAAACACAGCGUGGGGGAGAACAACAGGAUACAACCCGAGCGAGAUUGGCCGUCUGCUUUAUCUUGAGCCGUUGCCCGCCUUCAGAAAGCCAGCCAUCCCUGUCACCGGUCCUUUGGACCGACCCACUCUCACCUUGACAGUUAGAAAAACAAGUGUUCAUGCUAGGAAGUGUCAGUCCUACUUUGUUCUUCACAAUUUGUUGUCUUCCUGCGCCUCGUUCUCCAUAAAGUACACAAAUACACACAUAAACAUCUGUUAUUACUUUGCGUUUGUUUGACUUUUGUGGUGAUGUCCGUGUUAGUAUCUGCGUUGAGCUUUCCCAAACACCAACAUUUGUCUGAUCGGAGGAAAUAAAAGUAAAAUGCAAUCCCGUUUUUCA